UUUCUGUCCAGCUUUAUUUCUUGAACUGUGAAAGAGAAGCCAAGGCACGAUGGCGUCAUACACUGCUUACAGCGGCUACACCAAGCCGCAUCUAUCAUACACAGGGACUUACUAUGAUGAGAAACAGCCUCCAUCCGAUGGAGAAUAUCCAGACUCUGUGGAAGAGGAAAAAAAGAAGCUUGAGAAGCAGAAACGUCGGAAUGCCAUCUGUUGUGAGGUUGUGGCUCUCAUCAUCGGCUUCAUCGGACUUAUCGGUGUGGCAGCCGUGACAGGCCUGCCGAUGUGGAAGGAAACAGCCUUCAUUGACGCGAAUAUCAUCGUCAUGGAGGUCCGCUGGGAGGGCUUGUGGAUGAACUGCUUCCGACAGGCCAACAUCAGGAUGCAGUGUAAAGUCUACGACUCUCUGCUGUUCCUGCCUCCAGACCUUCAAGCUGCUAGAGGUUUGAUGUGUGCCUCUGUGGCCUUGACCACCUUUGCCCUCAUCGUUUCCGCAGUGGGAAUGAAGUGUACCACAGUGGUGGACUACCGGGCCAGAACCAAGCAUAUUGUUCUGGUGUCUGGAGGUUGUCUGUUCCUUAUGGGCUGUGUCACCACUAUCAUUCCUGUGUCCUGGACCGGCCAUGUUAUCAUCAGAGACUUCUACAACCCACUACUCAUAGAUGCUCAACGCAGAGAGCUCGGGGCGGCUCUUUACAUAGGCUGGAUGACCUCAGCCUUGCUGCUUGCAGCCGGAGUGAUCCUGCUGUGUCGCCACGCUCCCCGCACCCAAGAUCCAGAAGAGAGGAUUGUAUACACCGCAGGCGAAAAUGUCUACCAACCCUACACUUACCAACCGUACAUGUACCAACCAGGGUACAGCUACCAACCUCCCUACUCUGUACCCCCUCCAGGAUCUGUGGUAUACACACCAAGUCACUACCAGUGAGGGAAGUGGAACAGAUCAUUUCUGACAGUCUUGUGCCUCAGACUGAGGAAAAUUAAUGAACUUGUAUGAGUAAAGCUUCUCACUUGAAAAAGCCAAAUGUUUUAUUAGUUUCUCAGAGAAAAAUUUUGUUUAAAAUAAUAUACGAGGUCUGUGAGAAAACUAUCCGACCUUUUUAUUUUUUUCAAAAACUAUAUGUAUUUGAAUCAUAUGCGCUUGCAUCAGACAAGCUUGACCCUUCGUGCGCA